AUGACAUAAUAACUUUAAUUCUGUCCAUUUGAAUUCGCUCAGUUUUUAGAUAAUAAUUGUUUUGAAACUCGUAAAAAAUACAAAGAAUUUUCUAAAGAUCCAAUAUUUAUUCCUCGCAACAAUUUAUCUCUUCGUGAACAAAAAGAUUUAGCUUUACAAAGACUCCAAAUAUUUGCAAAAAAUAAAGUAUUUUCUGUCCAUGAUUUUUCUCAAAAUCCUUUAAACGUAUUUUGCAAUCAUGAAAUGGCAGCCUGGAUUGACGGUUCAUUAGCAACGAAAUUAACUGUUUAAUUGAACUUGUUUGGAGGUACCCUUUAUACUUUAGGAACUGAACGCCAUUUACCUAUAGCUGAAGGAGUUGACAGUUUAUAAACAAUAGGCUGUUUUGCCCUUACUGAACUUGGAUAUGGAAACAAUGCAGUAUAAAUGGAGACUACCAGUACUUGGGACCCUGCAACUAAAGAAUUUGUUAUAAAUUCUCCUUCUGUUUUGAGUCAAAAAUAUUGGAUUACAAAUGGAGCUUUACACUGCAAUUAUGCAAUCGUUUUUGCUUAACUUAUACUUCCUGGUAAUUAAAAAGAAGGUGUACAUGCAUUUUUAGUCAGAGUCAGAAACGCAGAUGGCAGCAUAUGUAAUGGUGUUUAUAUCGAAGAUAUGGGAGGCAAAUUUGGACUUAAUGGGGUUGACAACGGUCGUUUGAAAUUUACAAAUGUUAGAAUUCCUAGAGAAGCUUUACUAAAUAAAUUUUCUGAAAUGUCCCCUGAAGGAGUUUUUACAUCAUCAAUUAAAGAUAAAAGAUAACGUUUCUUAAAGGUUGCUGACAGACUUUUAUCGGGAAGAUUAUGUAUUGCUUCCAUGUUAAUUUCUGGAACUAAAAUAUGCCUUGCUACAGCACUUAGAUAUGCAUCUUAGAGACUCGCAGUUGGACGUAGUGGAAUGUCUGAUACCCCUAUUAUAAACUUUAACCUUUUUCAAAAUUAGGUUUACCCAUUUUUGGCAAGAACUGUGACACUAAAUGUAGCCUUUAAUAAAGUUAAAAUUUUAUACAGUGAUUCUCUUUUAAAUAAGCAAGAAGCUAGUCCUUUCUUAGUUUGUUUAUGUUGUGCUGUUAAACCUCUUAUUACUUGGAAUGCUAGAGAUGUAGGAACGUGUUUAGUUGAAAGAGUUGGAGGAUAAGGUUAUUUAAGUGUUAAUAGGUUAGGUGAUUUACUUCCUUUUGCUCAUUCAGGAAUUACCGCAGAAGGAGAUAAUUCAGUUUUGAUGUAAAAAGUUUCAAAAGAAUUAUUAGGACUUGUUUCUUAGAAAAAAUUCCCUUUUUCAAAGCCUAUAAAUUCUAUAGAUUAAUUAAGAAAAUUAAAUAAUUUAAAUUCUAUUGAAGUUUUGGUCGAUUUAAUUAGAAUUAGAGAAAAUAAAUUAAUUGAAGAAGUAUAAACUAUGACAUAAAGCUAAAUGAAAUAAGGAAAAGAUAUAUAUGAAAUUUGGAUGGAAAAAGAAAAUGCAAGUGUCUAAAAUUUGGCAAAAUCUUUUGGAGAAAGAAUUAUCGCGGACUUUGCUUAAGAUAUGAUAUUAAAAGCUAGACAUGAUAUUAGAAUACCUCUAGAUUUAUGCUUCUAAUUACAUUUAUUAGGAGUUGUUUUAAGCAAUUUAGGAUGGUAUUUAAUUAAUGGAAUUAUUAGUAUUGAAGGAGCUAAAUCACUUGAAGAAAAUAGAAAAAAUUCAAUUAAUAAAUUACAUGGUAUGGCACUUCAUAUUGUAAAUUCAUUUGGAAUUCCUGAACAUUUAUUAAAUGCACCUAUUGCUUAGGAUUAUGAAAAGUUCAAUUCAUAACCUAAUAAUGGUGAACUUAUUUAGAAUGCUAGAUUAUGAUUUUUUUAUAUAUAAUUUUAUUUUUAUUUUAAAAUUUUAAUUGGUUUUUAUUCAUUUAUAUUAUUAAAAAAAAAUGGAUGUUAUAUAUUUAUAAAUUUAAUAUUAAAAC